CGAUAUGCAGCGUGCCCUUCACUACACACAUUUCGUGAAUCGACAAGUCUGCAGAGAAGGUGAUCUUAAAGUUGGAAUUGUGCCACCCAAUGAUGGACCCACCUAAACCAAACACCUUUGCUAAUUCUGAAGCAGUUGUGCCACCCAAUGGGACAUCCCAGCCAUCUCGUUCAGCACCAUCACACACUGAGAAAGUGAUAAAUGCAGAUGGUAGAGGGCCCAGGGGAGUCCCUCAUGUUGAUGUGCCUUAUAAUGAACCAACAUCUGUUUAUGGUGUCAAAGAAAAUGUUGGGAACUCUCUUUUGCUGAAUGGUCCAUCAUCACAAGGGCCUACAGUCUCCACCAGUCCUAUGCCCAAUCAAGUACCAAGGACAAUUAAUUUGCCCUCUGGGGCCACAGUUCAACCUGAUUUAGCCAGUGCUGCCAGCCUAUUUGAUGUAGAUGGUAGUCAAGGACAGACGAAUAUCCAUUCUCAAGUGCCAGUGCCCAAAACCCCUAGGAGCAGUGCGAUUCCUGCAACCCCAGCUGGCCAGAUUUCAUAUUCACAGGCGCGAUCAAGCGUCUCAACAAUGGCUCUACGGCCUGGUCCCCUGCAAGCACCUGUGAUGCAAGUGCCAUCCAUGCCAAAUGGACCUCAAGCCCCCAGACCCAAUGUAUUACCUAGAUACCAGUCUCCGUCUGCUUUGCCUUCGCAGUUUGCCAGGCCUCCUGGCUUCCCAGGCCCUCCUGGUGUGCAGUCUUUGAAUGGACCUACUGGUUCUCCCAGUCCUGUUCGCAAUCAAGCUGCAAGCCUUCCUGGCCUUCCUGGUGCUCCUCCUCAUCCAGGUCAAUCUCCAAAGAGUAUAGCACCUACAUCCCAGACACCACCCAGUAACCCCCCUCAUACACUUCCAAUGCCACAAAGUCAGCUGCCACCUCCCACAUCACAGAUGCAAGCCGGUUAUCUACCACCCACUCCCUCACACAUGUGGGCAGGUAUCCCACCACCCACAUCAUCCCAGAUUCAGACCAUUCAUCAACCACCUUCAGCAUCCCAGAUUCAGGCUGGUUACCCACCUCCCACAGCAUCCAAAAUGCAGACAGGUCACCCACCACCUUCAACAUCCCAGAUGCCAGCAGGGCGUACAGCAACUUCACCUCAAAUGCAGGUUGGCCAUCCACCACCCCCAUCUCAGAUGCAGGCAAGCCAUCCAUCAUCUCCACCCCAGAUGCAGGCUGGCUAUCCACCACCUCCACCUCAGAUGCAGGCAGGUUAUCCACCACCCAUAACAUCCCAGAUGCAAGCAGGGCAUGCACCAACUUCACUGAAGAUGCAGGCUGGCCAUCCACCACCUCCAUCGCAGAUGCAGGCAGGUCAUCCACCGCCUUCACCCCAGAUGCAGGCAGGCCAUCCACCACCUUCACCCCAGAUGCAGGCUGGCAACCCACCACCCCCACCCCCACCCAUGUCACAGUCACAGCAGCCGCAGGGGUUUCAGCCACAAACACAGACGAGGUCCAAGUCACCAGCUCGUCCAACACAUCUUGCAUAUAAAUCUCAGCCUCAUGCUCAAAUGCAGUCUGGUUAUCAGCCACUUCAACAAGGAUAUCAACCUCAGGUCCCCUUGGGGUAUGAGCCCCAACAAGGAAGUAUUGGCAGCCGUGAACCUGAUCUGCUGCCUCGUCCUCAUGCCCCUCCUCCAUCUGCUUAUGGGGCUUUCAGGCAAUAUCCUCAAAUGGCCAGAGGAUAUGGGCAAGACCAACCAGCUGCACCAGUGGACCAAAUGACAAGUGGCCUCUUGGGAAUGACUCUGUCCCAAGGAUUUGACAAGCUCUGGGGGAGGGAAAACCUAGACCUCCUGCGAGAACGGAAGGUCAUACCACCUGGGAAGCUUGAGCCUCCAAAGGCAGUCCUUUCCAAUGAACACUGGGCCAAACUCAACUGUAGUCCAGACUUGUUCCGCUGCACGAUGACAAAGAUACCUGAAACUGCCACCCUGCUUCAGAAGUCUCGCCUUCCCCUUGGCCUGCUCAUUCAUCCCUUCAGGGAUUUGUCUAAUCUGCCAGUGAUCCAGUGCCAGACAAUCGUGCGGUGCAGGGCGUGUCGCACCUACAUCAAUCCCUUUGUUCAUUUUGUGUCUGACCGCCGGUGGAAGUGCAAUCUUUGCUUCCGUGUCAAUGACUUACCAGAUGAGUUCAUGUUUGACCCUGUAAGUCAGACAGUGGGAGAUCCGUCUCGUCGACCAGAAGUCAAGAACUCUACCUUGGAGUUCCUGGCCCCUGCUGAAUACAUGUUGCGUCCGCCACAGCCGGCCACAUAUGUCUUCCUCUUCGACGUUUCACACAAUGCAAUCCAGUCUGGUUACCUGAAGGUGGCAUGUGACCUCUUGCUGGAGAACCUGGAUGGGAUUCCAGGAGAUGCCCGCACACAGGUGGCCUUCAUCACAUAUGACUCCCGUGUUCACUUCUACUGCCUCUCUGAGGACCUGUCCCAACCACAAAUGCUCAUUGUCUCCGACAUAGAUGACAUGUUUAUUCCAUGCCCGGACAAUCUAUUGGUGAACUUGAGGGGGAAUCUGGAUCUAGUGGCUGAUCUCCUGCAUCAGCUCCCUCAGCGGUUCGAAGAGACUCAUGAGACCCGUUCUGCUCUUGGUGCUGCCCUUCAAGCUGCAUUCAAGAUGCUGUCACCUAUUGGAGGUCGAGUGACGGUGAUGCAGUCAUGUCUUCCGAAUGCUGGACCUGGAGCUCUAGCAGUUCGAGAGGACCCAAAUCUAAGGGCUGGGAAGGAGGUGCCCACAACCCAUGUGAAUCCUGCGACUGACUUUUACAAGAAACUAGCACUUGAUUGCUCUGGACAGCAUAUUGCUGUUGACCUCUUCCUACUCAGCUCCCAGUUUGCUGACCUGGCCACUCUCGCGGGGAUGUCCAGGUUCUCUGGUGGCUGUAUCCACUACUACCCAGGGGGAUUGUCUAUCCAUACGUUUCAUGGGAACUUCUUUGUCCGGUCGACCGACCUGCUCACGUUGCCAAAUGUAAACCCUGAUGAGGGAUUUGGAGUUCAGAUCAGCAUUGAUGAGAACCUUACUGGCCAGUCCAAUGUCUGCUUCCAGGUUGCACUGCUCUAUACCUCCUCAAAAGGAGAGCGCCGUAUUCGCAUCCACACACUGGCCUUGCCAACUGCUGGAACUGUUCCAGAUAUCUUGGCCUCAGCUGACCAGCAGACUGUCAUGGGACUUGUUGCCAAAAUGGCUGUGGAUCGAACACUGAACUCCUCGCUUACUGAUGCACGGGAUGCAUUUGUGAACAUGUUGGUGGAUAUCCUGAGCACGUACAAAAUGACACAGAACCUGGGAUCGAGCCAGGGGAUGCUUCUGGCCCAACCAUCCAUCAAGCUCCUCCCCCUCUACACACUUGCCCUCAUGAAACAUGUGGCUUUCCGAGUGGGUGUGAGCACUCGUCUGGAUGAGAGAGUGCAUGGGUUGAACCAGAUGAAGAGUUUGCCCUUGGAUGACCUAAUCCGACACAUUUACCCUGACCUUUAUCCGCUCCAUCAUCUCAGUGAUCAGUUUGUGACGGGAGAGGAUGACGAGGUGGUGAUGCUGCCACCGCGCCUGCACCUGUCUUAUGAGUUUGUGGAUGGGAAUGGGGCAUACCUCUUGGACACGGGGGACAUGUUCAUUAUGUAUGUGUGCAAGGGGAUCACUCCCCAAUUCAUCCAGGACAUCUUUGACCUCCCCAACUAUGAUGCUCUGCCUCAUGAAAUGUCGGACUUGCCUGAGGUGGACAAUGAAGCAUCGGAGCACUUCCGCAGCUUCAUCUCCCAUCUGCAGAGUGAACGCUUCAUGCCUGCUGCAUUCCUUAUGAUCCGAGAGGACAGCAAGAACAGAGGAUUGUUCACACAAUGCCUGAUUGAGGACCGUUCUGAAGCCGGGUCAUCAUACAUGGAAUUUUUGCAGCAUCUGAAGACUCAAGUCAAGUGACCUUUGACCUGUGCAAACGUUUGACCACCAUCAUUUGACCACACGUGCAGCGGCUGCAUGCACUGUCGCAACGAGUUGAUAUUUCUUCAUCCUCCGAAUCCCUUUUUUUAAUCGAAUUUUUAUCGUGGGCCUUAUGGUGGCUGGGUAUCUUUGGGCCAGUCACUGCUCAGGUGUGGCACGACCACAGCAGGCAAUGCCCGUUUGUCACUGUGGUCCGCUUCACUCUCGUGUGAUAUCCCAGGAGGCAAUUUUUUGAUCGUUUGAUGCAUUCCCUUUUUGCGUGUAUCUAUCCCUCAUCUGUCUGUGAAUAUGCAUCUUCAUAGGUUCAAAUUGCGUUUUUCAUUGUCCUGCCGUUAGUUGUCCUUGCCCAUUUGCUAUUCUUGGGGUGGUCAUUUAAAAGUGCAUUGUCUGCUGCCUGGGUGAAAAAAGGCAAUGGUUUUUACCUUAUGUGAUACCGUGAGAUAACAGAAAUCCAUUGGCUGCAUAUAAUAGUGUAUCUGGCUGCUGAAGCCCUGCACUUUGGCUUCAAAUUUCCUAUCAUUAAAUAAAUGUUAUUUAUCAUGCA